UGGGCCGGUCCAAUAAGGAUGAUGAGGUGCAGCUGGCCUGCCCUCCCCUCCAUGCCAGUGUUCCAGCCAAUCAGCUCAAAGAAAAAGAACUGAUGAGAAGUUAAAACAAACAAAUGGGUGUGAAAACUAACUGAAUAAGGAUCCACUCUUCAGCUGUUCACACAAAACCAUCUGUAAAAGAAAUGCAAUGUAUGGAUUCAAAUGGAAACCUAAAUCGAUGUGUGAAAGACAGAAACUAAAUCAGAAUGCACAAAAUAGAAUGUGGUGGCAGAAUACACCCGAUCAGUGAGGACUGGCUUCCAGCUUCCUCACAGAAAUGAUGAAGUUGUCUUUUCAUUUUUCAGGUUUCCAAACCUGGGCGGACCUGCUACCUGACCUCCAGCCUGCAGGGCCUCCGGACUCUGCAGGGCUUCGGUAACAGCGGCGCCAGGAUGAAGCCUGUCUGGACUCUGGACCCCGAUGCUGAGCUGCUCAGGUUCAGUCAGAGAGAGGACGACACAACAUGUCUGAGAAGGACUUGGAAACUCUAAACUCUGAGAUUCGCUCCAGUCUCAACUGGAUGAGAUGAAGGACCGUCGGACCUCAAUGAGCCCAAAGGACAAGGCCGACCUGCUGAGCUCCUUCAAGCAGGAGGUCUGCGUUCAGGCUCCGGGGUUCAGGGGCAACGGGCAGAACGACCUCACAGUUCCUGAACUCCGUCCUCCAGCAGGAGCGAGGUCUGACCCUCAGCUGCAGCAGACGGCGGCUCUGGUGGGCGAGAACGACACCUGCCCUGUGGAGGAGCACCUGAAACUCCACAUGGAAACCACCAGGACCUGCACCAGCUGUGGCCACGCCUCCUCCAGACGAGAAGGUUUUUCCGUCGGUGGAUCUGGAUGCAGGAGGUCGACGUGGAGUUCAGGUGCCACUGUGGAGGCAACAGGUCCACACAGAAAACCAGAAUUGAAAACUCUUCCAAAAGUCCCGCUGGUCCACCUGAAAAGGUUCGCCGACUCUCCGUCCAGGACGCUGACCAAACUGCACGACGACAUCAGGCUGCAGAAGCGCAUCGAGCUGUCCUCCAAGCAGGAUGCUGCCUGUGUCCUGUGUCCUGUUAGGACACUGCGUCUCAGAGGGGGUUCACCCCGGAGACAAGCCGAAUGGCCGCUGGCUCUCCUGCAGCGACUCCAAGACCACCUGGACAACCGGCUCGCAUGUUCGGCACACACGGCAGGAGUCAGCGUUCCUGCUGUUCGACCAGAGAAAGGUAAGAAGACGCAGCAGGUCACUCAGCGUUACGUCCAGAAGAAGGACUCUGCACGCUCACAUUUCAUCUUUUCUCAGGCGCCAAACUAA